GGCGGCGACGGACCGUGGGGCCGGAAGUAAUGACCGGGGAGGGCCGCUGCUUCCGGCCCUGGAGCAGCUGCCGUCUCCUCAGCACUAUGGCUGCGUUUCGUCGGCAGGUCCUUAAUUGCUGCCGCCUCGUCCCCCUAACUUGGGCCCGUAUGGCUAGGGAGACUGCUUGUGUUGGAGAACGGAAAACAAUGACUGCUUCUUUGUGGCGUAAACUGACUACAGCCUCCAGCAGAGGGGACCUUGAGGAGUUAUCCUGUGUGGGAUCCAAUAAGUACGUGAAGGAGCCGGAGUGCAGGGUGAAUCUUGUUCUCCUUGAGAAGCAGAGGGCUCCUGUGGAUCGAGGGUCCUUGGAGCUAGAGAAGGUCACCAGUUCCCUCCUGGACAUGGGUUUCAGUGAUGCCCAUGUUAAUGAAUUGCUCAGUAUACAGCCAGGUGCCAACCCUCAGCAGUUGCUGGACAUCAUUUCAGAGUUUAUACUCUUGGGUCUGAAUCCAGAGCCUGUGUGUGUAGCCUUGAAGAAAAGUCCCCAAUUAUUGAAGCUGUCUGUAAUGCAAAUGAAGAAGCGCUGCGCAUACCUGCGAAAGCUUGGACUUGGAGAAGGGAAAAUAAAGAGGGUGCUUUACUGUUGCCCUGAAAUUUUCACCAUGCAUCAGCGGGACAUUGAUGACAUUGUCCAGGUCCUCAAGGAAAAGUGCCUUUUCACGGUCCAGCAGGUAACCAGUAUUUUAUACAGAUGCCCCUCUGUUCUUCGAGAGGAACCCAGUGAACUGGAGUACAAAUUCCAGGCUGCCUGCCGAAGCCUGCCUCUGGCCACACGCACCCCAGGGCAGGGGGCGCCACGAGCGCAGGCCCCUCACCGACACGAGCACUGCAGUGCGUGUGCGCCCACCUGGCUGGAGGCGGCGGUAAGUGGGGAGAUGGGGGUGGCAGGUGGGUGGGCGUGAGCUACGGCGGGAGAGAAGGGCCUGCGGGGAAGGGAGCGGGAGCCACCGCAGGGAAGGGACAGGCAGCGUGCUCAGGCAAGCGGUGCUGCCACUGUGACCCUGCUGUGACACUCCGUGAUGCAGAACGAGCACGCGUGGUAGUCACGGGUCUGUGAAGACCAUGACUGAGGUUUGGACUCGGUUGUUUUGAAAGCAUUUGAUGUUCUGAGGCAGAGCUUUUAGUAGCGCCCACACAGCAGUAAUUGUUGUGAUGGCUGUGUGUGAGUGAAUGAAAAGUAAACAGAUUUGCUGUAUUUGCAUAUACCUGGGUGUCAGCAACACGCGGUCUUCCCAGUGGUAGCAGCGUGUUCUGUGUGAACAUGUGUGACCCAGGGGAUUCCCCAGCCAGCACGCCCAGCCAUACCUAUCCAUGCGUGUUCACAUGCACAGCACAGGGACACACAGCUCCUGGGUGGAGCAUGGCUGCAUGGGGCUGCGUGUCUGGGCACAUGGAUGUCUUGGCCCAGCCUGCAUAUCCCACAGCACUCGGUCCCCAGGGCCACCCAGCACCCUGCGGCCCACAUGCAGGACACGCAGGGGCCUCCCCGAGACGCACCUGUGUGGGGCUUUCCUGAGGCUUGUGCUCUCACAGCUCUCUUUGAAGCAGACGUCCUGGUGAACCUUGUAGACUCUCUUGUACCUGUCGUCACAAGAAAGCUCUGUAAAGCCAGACGGGGAAGCAGAGCGUUGCCCACCGAUCAACCUCGCUGUGUGGACCCAUGGGGAACAUGAGGGUGUUCGAGGGAAGAGCUGUUAUUUUCCUAAUAAAAUAUUUCCUCCUACAGAUGCAUUAAAAUACACAACAUAAAGGUCCUGUGAUUUUUUUUUUAAAGUUUACUGAUGUGUGAUACACAUAGAAUAUACCCAUUUUAGUGUACAUUUUGAUGAGUACUGACAAAGCCAUGUGAUAUUGAAAGAUAAAAAGACAUGUCUUUGCUUGAGGCCACGUGGCCCAAGGCCCUGGGGGGGAAUGACCCACUCUUCUGCUUCUCGGGUCUUCUGUGGAGAAGCUCGAGAAGCCAGGGCUGCAUGUGUGGGCGCCACAGGGCAGGAGGCCUGAUUUCAGCCCUGCCUCUUCCACUCAUUCACUGGGCUACUCUUGAGCUUUUAAGCCUCAGUUUUGUGUAAACUGGGGAUUGCUCACACUGUGUCUCUCACAGAUUUGUAGAUGAGCAUGAGUGGAAGGUGCUGUGGCUCUUGUCAAGGCUCUGGAAUGUCAGAGCUGUUUAAAAGGGAAACUCGAGGGGUUCAGUGGGCAACGCUCCAGUUCAUAUGCUAAGUGCGGCAGAACCUUUAGGAUUCUAAACCCAAGGUAAGACUUUCUACUUCUGGCCAUGAGACAGUAACAGGGUCUGGAAUUAACCUCUUAGUGUGAACAAAAAGAGAACUGGACAAAAUAUAGGAAGUAACUAUUUUCAGAUGUUAGAAAAAGACUGUGAUCCCUAAGAGAAGAGAAACAAAUGAGACGAGCCCUAUGACCAGCCCAGAAUUCAGCCCGGGGCACUGUGAGGACGGCUUUGCAGACGGGAGGGAUCCAGGCAGUGGUCACUCGGAGCUGAGGACCGACUGGAGUUGUGGAGGCAGACACUGGAGAGGGGAGGCUGUGCAGAGGAAGAGCUCCAGAAGUCUGCACACGGGUCCCCAUGGAUGAAAAUCACGCUGUGCAAGCAGGGGGUGAAACCCCAUGUGGCUGGGCAAAGAACUACUGAGGAGUUGAACAGGUCCCAGAGCAGAGUAGAGAGACCUUGUUUAAUGACAGGCUGUCCCAUAGAAACCCCAGAAAGACCAUACCAUCCAAGUGGGCCAAAAUCCACCCCAGAAUAAAGGCUACUCCAAACCACUCUCAAAAGGCACAAACUAUACUCAGCUAACCACCUUGCAAAGAAAAGCCAACGUUCUUGAAAAGAAUACAAAAAAAAAAUCCAGCACCCAGUGACAUAAAGUUUAUGAUAUCCAGCAUCCAAUAAAAAAAUGAGACAUUCAAAGAAU